CUAUGAAGGAAUUUAUUAAAGGGGCAUUCUCCACUAUUAGUCCCCUGCGGCAAAAUAAUUUGUGUAAAUAAUACAAAAACAAUAACAAGAGAAGAGCAGAGAGAUGGGUAUAAAUUGCUUAAGAGUAGUGCCCAAAAUUCCACCUUCAGCAAAGCACAAAAUCAUCAUCUCACACUCAUUCUCACACUCUCUCUUAUUUACCAAAAGGUCCUCCAGAGCAAUACACGCAGCAGCAGCAUCUUCUUCAAUGUCUUACGAAAAGGAACUCGCUGCUGCCAAAAAAGCUGCCUCUCUCGCUGCUCUCCUCUGCCAGAAGGUGCAAAAAGCACUGUUGCAGUCAGACGUUCAUUCCAAAUCAGAUAAAAGUCCAGUCACCGUGGCAGAUUAUGGUUCACAGGCUCUUGUUAGUUUGGUACUGGAAAGGGAACUUCCUUCUGAAUCAUUCUCGCUAGUGGCUGAGGAGGACUCGGGAGAUCUUCGUGGAAACAGUGGCCAGGAGACACUACAGCGCAUCAGAACACUUGUUAAUGAUACUCUUGCAAACAAUGAAUAUUCUAGUGUUUCUAAUUUAACCACUGAUGAUGUUCUUAGGGCUAUUGACAAUGGGAAAUCUGAAGGUGGUUCUAGGGGCCAGCACUGGGUUUUAGAUCCCAUAGAUGGUACCAAAGGGUUUCUUAGAGGAGAUCAAUAUGCCAUAGCAUUGGCAUUGCUGGAUGAAGGAAAAGUUGUGUUGGGUGUCCUGGCCUGUCCAAAUCUUCCUCUGACAUCCAUUAGUGGUGAAAAUCAGCAGUCUUCACAAGAUAAAGUUGGCUGUCUUUUCUUUGCUACAGUUGGUACAGGAACAUAUAUGCAGCCACUGGAUGGUUCUUCCCUGCUAAAGGUACACGUCAGCGCUACUGAGAAUCCUGAAGAAGCUUCAUUUUUUGAAUCUUUUGAAGCAGCACACUCCUUGCAUGACUUGUCUAGCACCAUUGCUAAGAAACUUGGCGUCAAAGCCCCGCCAGUUAGAAUUGACAGCCAGGCAAAGUAUGGGGCACUUUCCAGAGGAGAUGGAGCGAUAUAUCUUCGUUUCCCUCAUAAAGGAUAUCGUGAGAAAAUAUGGGAUCAUGCUGCUGGGUGCAUUGUCGUGACUGAAGCUGGGGGUGUGGUGGCAGAUGCUGCAGGGAACCCAUUGGAUUUUUCAAAAGGGAAAUAUCUUGAUCUUGAAACAGGCAUAAUUGUUACCAAUCAGAAAUUGAUGCCAUUACUCUUGAAGGCAGUUAAAGAAUCUCUGGAAGAGAGAGCUUCAUCCUUGUGAUUCUUUUUGAGAGCGGGACUCGGAUGUUUAUAUUAUCACAGUUUCAGCCACGAUAAUGAUUGGAGAGUCACCAAUUAAAUAACAGUUAAUUUUUUUUAAGAUAAUAAUAAUAAUUAUUAUUAUAAUAGUUAAUCCUAAAGGCGAUUCCCUUUCUCUAAUCAA